GUUGACCGACUGCCUGCGCCGCCUGAAGAUUGACCUGCAUUGCCAGCCGCAUGAUCUCCAACUUCCGUAGCUGAUCAUCCCCAUUACAAUACAUCUCAUCGAGGCGCAGGCGCGCUUUGCCAGUCUGACCAAUACCACCAUUACCAGUAUCUCUUCCGCCCAUGACUUGAUCGUGCUUGGGAUACUAUUUUUGUUUUUACCAGUCACUCUCCUUCAACUGUAUUGACAUCGAAGGUCGGCCCAUCUACAUCAUCGAUAUCAAGUCAAAGCGCCUUAUUGACUUUGGGAAAUAACACCAUUUACAAGCAUCAACAUGUCGACCCCAUCAAGGACACCCCUAUCCAAUUCAACAAAUUCCCCUUCGUCCCGUCGUCCUUUGAACGAGAACAGCCCGAGUAGACCCGGCCAUCCGACCUCAGUGCCCGCGACCACCGGUCAAGGUCUUGCACGCACUCCUUCUCUCCGCCAGCAACGACCUCUGCGCAAAGCACCAACGCGGACAAGUACGUCCUUUGCAUCUGCCGACGACGGAAGCGAGAACGACGAAGCCAAGUCUGCAAACGCACAGUUGAUAUCAGACCUCAGAGAACAAGUACAGCGUGCCGAGCAGGCCUCUGAAUCCUACAGAAGGCAGUUAGAAGGCAUGCAGCAACGGCUGGACGAAGCCACAGCGGAGCAGACUACGGCCGAAGAGCGAGAUUAUCAGAGGCAGACCGAAUUGGAUCGAUUAAAGGCGGCACUCAAAGAGUGCGAGAGGCAAUAUAGAGAGCUCAAAAUAACGUACGAUGAAGACAAGGAGACAUUCCUGCAAGAGCGCGAGAGGCAAGCUGGCAAAGAGGCGGAACUGCAAGGAGUCAUUGGCAGAUUGAACGAGACAUUGCGCACUCGAGGCACUGAGAAGAUCAACAACAGCCGCUUCAGUGCGAGUUUCUCAAAGGCCGAUAAUUCUGCCGACCAUGUGGAAGGGACUCGGGUACGUGACAGCGCAGCUCCGGAUUUACUCCAGUCGCUCCAGCACAAAGAUUCGACCAUCGAGGCCCUCAAGUUUGAUUUGGCGGAAGCCCAACUGAGGUUGGCCGAACAAGAACACAUGGGAGAUGGCCGGCUUCAAUCGCUGGAAAAGGCGGUCAUGGAGAUGAAGAUGCAAAAUGCACGAUUGGUCGAAGAGAAUGAGAGUUUCCAGAUGCUACUUAGCGAGAAAACAUUGAAGGGAGAUUUCAUCCAUGGCCAACAUCACUCCGAGGAGGUCGGUGGCAUGAGUUCUUUGGCUGAAGAACUUGAAUCCACCGAGGAAGCGGAGAAAACAGACGCCUUUCGAAAGCUCGAGACCGAGUAUAGGGUGCUCGAAGAGCAAAACAAGGCCCUCGGAUUAUACAUUGACAAAAUCAUUGGUCGUAUGCUCAAGAAACCUGGCUUUGAACAUAUCUUCCAAGACACCGAGGAAAUACCACCAACUCCCCCCAAACGUGCAACCACGGACAAGGCACUUCCUGCGGUGCCCGAUGCGCAAAAUGCGGCGGCAACACCUGCAUCGGCCGCUAUGAGCGGGUUCUUGCAGCGAGCACGAUCUGUUGUGUCACGACCUGGAGGGGCUCGACCGCGGCCAAUGUCCUACGCGCAGCCGCCUUCAGCACCGACAGCAAAUGAGAAUCCCGAUACGGCUCCCAGUAUUCCACUCCAUCGAGGCCAGCAUCGCCGAGCAAGGUCUGACCAGGCCGAGACCGACAUGGCUGCGGCUGCAUUGGUUCAGCAGAUGAACCGUGGAUCUCCCAUGCGUACGGCCUCGGGCAGUCCUUUGAGCCCUGGAAUUCGUCCGCUGAGUCCGCCAAUGUCCCAAGGGCGCGGUUCGUACUUCCCUCGUGUGCCCUCGGGUCCACGUGGUGAUAGUUCUGCCAACAGCGUGACCAGUGAUCACAGCGAGGAACAGCGGUCAACGACCGACGGGAGCUCUACUGCGGCGGUGUCAGGAGGAGCCCACAGUCACCAACAGCAGGCCAAUAUCCCUGGGGCAGUGAUGAAGCAGAACCAACUCCGACCGUUGCGUCUGGUACAAACCCAGAAUGCAGAAGAAGAGGCUCAGAAGCGAGCAAACCGAAGUAGUUGGAUGGGAUGGCUACGAGGGAGCACAAUCGAAGCACAACAACAGAAUGAGUGAUUCAUGAUCAUUCAUGUUGGAUGUACGGAGUAUGUAUGUAUGUGCCUCUGGUAAAGAAACUUUAAUGCGGCCAGGGCGGAAUGAUCGGGAUGCUAUACGAGAAUGUAGACGGGACUUAAUAUAUACCACUCUUUGGAAUGCGAUGGAGAUUUUUCUUUUUC